GGCACAAGUGCGAAGCAGAAGGCGCUCCGCUCCGUAAGUAGGGCCAACUGACUAAUGGAGGAGUGCACGCACCGGCAGCGAUCGCGGCGGCUCUGCAGCGCCUAGGCUCAUCCACUACCCUGAACCCCAGCAACUUGGGGCAGAAGGCGGGACUGGGCAGAGGCCAGGGAGGGGCUGGCGCUCCUUCUCCUAGGGCUGCGGAACCCAAGCCGCGCGGUCUGGCACGGCCCGGAGGACUGAGGGGAGCGCACCGCGCCGCCGGAAGGAGGCGCGCGGCUUCUGGGCCCCAGGACUCCUGCGAGCGAUCCGCGAGCGGCCAUGGAGGGUUCUCAGCCUGACGCUGCCGACGACAAUGACAUGGACGCGUUCCUGGACAAGUUCCGGAGCCAGCCUUACCGCGGCGGCUUCCACGAGGAUCACUGGGAGGAGGCAAUUUUCGUUCUGCUCUCAAUGAUGUGAUGGCUGCCAGAAAACUAAAACCCCACCACCUCAAAGCCAUAGUGAGAGGUGCCCUGUGCCAUCUAGAACUGAAACACUUUGCUGAGGCUGUGAGCUGGUGUGACGAGGGGCUGCUGAUAGAUGCCAAGGAAAAGAAGCUUCUGGAAGUGAGGUCUAAAGCAGACAAGCUGAAGCGAACUGAACAGAGAGAUGUGAGGAAAGCAAAGCUGAAAGAAAAGAAAGAGCAAAAUCAGAACGAGGCUUUGCUCCAGGCCGUCAAGGCUAGGAAUAUCAGGCUCAUGUCUGAAGCUCCUGGUGAGGAUGGAGAAGCAGCCUCAGAAGCUCUGGGCGAGGUGUUCCUGGAUGGACUCAGCUCUGAGAACCCCUAUGGCGCCAGGCUGAGUCUGGAUGACCAGGGCAGGCUGAGCUGGCCUGCGCUGUUCCUGUACCCGGAAUACGCCCAGUCGGACUUCAUCUCUGCUUUUCACGAGGACUCCAGGUUUAUUGAUCAUCUAAUGGUGAUGUUUGGUGAAACGCCAUCUUGGGACUCAGAGCAAAAAUACUGCCCUGAUAAUCUGGAGGUCUACUUUGAGGACGAGGACAAGACAGAAUUAUACCAGGUGCCUCCCAAGAGCACCCUGCUGCAGGUGCUGCAGCACCCCAGGUACUUUGUAAAAGCCCUGACCCCAGCAUUUCUGGUCUGUGUAGGGUCCUCUCCUUUUUGCAAGAAUUAUCUCCAAGGGAGAAAGGUGCACCGGGUAAAGUGACAGCCAGGCUGUGUGAGUCAGGUCCCCUGCCUCACCUUCCUCACCACCUUGGAACAGCUGGAGCUGCUCCUAGAAUCCAGCACUUUUGUUCUGUCACUCUGGGGAUAUUUUCUCCUAGCCUUGAGCAGGGGAAGGAGCUGCUGACUUCCCUGAUCUGUGGCUUCUGGGCCAUCACUCUCCAGUGGGUACCCGGCUCUGUGCCUGGGCUGUGCUGUCCUGGCAGUCUGUCUCUGAAGGGACCACCUGCUACGUCUACCACAGCAACUGUCUGAGUGACUCACUGUCACUGGCCUGUGACAGGUGCCACGAGAAGCCUUGGAGAAGAUGCCCCUCCCACACAGUAAAACCGACUCUAUGAGGGAUUCUAAGGCCUGAAGGCUCAGCGAACCUGGCUGCUGGUUAUUUCACCAUCGUGGAGGGGAGUUCUAAAGGGAGGCUGUGUGCUGUGGGGUGAAUGGAGCGGGAAAGCCACAGCCUGUUACUGCGUACUCCUCUAAAGCUGCGAGUUUCCUUCAUCUUUGCAGUGUGAGAACUGUGACAGGCAGUGACCUCCAAGUUCCUUUACAGUUUUCACAUUUCAGGAUUCGGAGACAGGGUCUCACAGUGUUGCUAGGCUGGUCUCAAACUCCUGGGGUCAAGGGAUUAUUUUGCCUCGGCCUCCUAAGUCCUGGGACUACAGGUGCACACUCCUGUAACCUGGCUAGGAUUUUAUGCCUUUUAAACUGGAAAAUCUUCCUGGGCAUGGUGGUGCAUGCCUUUAAUCCCAGCACUCGGGAGGCUGAGGUAGGAGAAUCACUGUGAGUCAAGGCCUGCCUGGAAUACACAGCAGGACUCUGUCUCAAAAAACCAAAAAAACCCCAAAAACCCAUUAAACUGGAAAAUCUUUUUGCAUGUCAA